AAAAGGCUAGAGGCAUGGCAUAAACCCUCAACCAUGUUCUCCUUCUUCCUCCAUUGCCACUUCUCCACCACCACCACCACCACCACCACCAAGCUCCCAAAGCUCUCCAGCAUACCCACAAGGUACAGAAACUUUGCUCUUCGUGAAGCCCAAAAGGCCCUCAUCAACUACCUCUACGCCACUCGCUGCUUACCCUUUACCUACGCAGAGCACAUUGGCAACAACACGCUUCGUUCCCUUACUCAUCUCAUUGCAAAGGUGAAACCUUUUUCAGCUCCUACUUUCCCCAAAAGCUUUGAGAGGGUCCUUAGGUAUCACCCCGUUAACGAAUUUGAAGUUUUUUUCGAAAGCAUCGGCAUAGAGUUUGAUCUUGUUUCUGGGUUGUUGCCUCAUGACAAGGUGUUCUUUUCCGAAGAUGGGACCCUUUUCAAUGUUGCUUGUGCGCUUUCUGAUUUUGGGUUUCCGUGGGAGAAGUUGGGUUUGUUGUACAUGGAGAAAAGUUCCAUUUUUGGGAGAAGUGUUGCGGAGUUGAAGUCAAGGCUUUUUGGGUUUAAAGGGUUUGGUUUUGGUAAUGUUGAAGUCAUUGGGAUGAGUUUGGCCUUCCCUUUUGUUUUGAGUGAGGAAGGCCAAGUGGGUGUUGAGAUUGAUGUGUUGUUUGAUGAGUUGAAGAUGGUGUUUUUGGACUAUGGUUUGGAUAAGUCUAUUGAGGGUGAUGUGGAUUCUUGGUAUGAGAUGUGUAGGAAAUUACGGUUGUUUUUUGAUUUAAAUGGAUGGAAGGGUGGGUUAGGGGAACUCAUAGGAAGGAAGAAGGGUAUAUUUGUUGAGCAUAAAGAAGAGGAAUUAGCUAAGAAAAUAGAGUAUUUUUGUAGAUUUGAUAUGAAGAAGGAGGAAGUGGCUCGGUUGAUUCUACUGUGCCCUGAAUUGUUGAGUCUUGAUUUGGAGAAGCUGGUGAUUAACGUGUUAAAGUUGUUGAAACACUUUGGCUUGAGCUCUAAGGGUGUGGAGGAUGUUCAUCAGAAUUUCUCUCAUGCAUUGGGAACAAAUAAAAUGGUUAAUCUACCUAAUGUAAUGAGGGCUUUGGGUUUACAAAAGUGGUUUGUCGACAAACUCAAGGAUGGACACUGCUGUUUGUUAGCAGAUUAUAUCACAAGCUAUCCUUGUGAAGAGCAGAAUAAAGAUUAUCAAGAUGGGUUACGGAUGAUUCAUGUUUCAAGAGUUCGAGUUUAUAAUCUUAGUAAAUUAAAUUUCUUGCAUGGCUUGGGAUUUGGAGAGAAUGGUUUGACUAUGAAUGUGUUGAAUAAUUUGCAUGGCACUAGUUAUGACUUACAGGAAAGGUUUGAUUGCCUUCUACGUUCAAGUAUUGAAUUCUCAAAGCUCUGUAUGAUGGUAAGAAUGACCCCCAGGAUUCUAAACCAAAAUUCUGAAAUUAUGAAGCGAAAGGUGAAUUUCUUGCAUAAAGAAUUCGGAACUACUUUGGACUAUGUGAACGCUUUUCCAGCAAUGUUGUACUAUCAUUUGGAUGACCGAAUCAUACCUAGGUACAAAUUCCAUUUGUGGCUUACAGAAAAGGGUCUGAGUUGUAAAACAUAUUCCAUUCGAAGUAUGAUUGCAAAUGGCGAAAAGAAAUUUGUAGCUCGUGUCUUUAAAAUUCAUCCAGCUGCUCCAAAACAUUGGUUUGAGCAAUUCUGUCGCAGUAAAUUGCCAAUGUGAAUAUUGUGGUAUUUAAACGCAGUAUAGUAUAUGAUAAACUUCAGGAACAACAUUAAAUAAAUUUUCACAGAACUUGUAAAGAAUUGCCUGCAAAUAUAUUGUCUUGCAUUGUUUUAUUUGUUGUACCAGAUCUCAUUUUAGAGAAAGAAACCAGAAGUUCUAAGAAUGCUAAAUUCUACUUUGAAGAAGGAAUUAUGCUGGGGUAAGAGAAUUAUAUCAUUUUUGAGCAUUUUAUAGUUUCUAUUUGACUUCAUUAAUUGCACUUGUGCUUAUUUUUCCUUUUAUAUUUUUAAAUAAUACUUUUCAAUAAAU